GUGUGAAAGUGUGAGUGUGGUAAACGGUGUCCAACUUACUGGUGUGUGUAGUUUUUGAAUGAAAACGCAGAUUUAAAAGCACUUGUUUUUAUUUUUGCAGCUCUCCUGAGGUGUGCGUUCACCACUUGUCAUGGCUCACCGUUUGUUUGAAGGCAAAGAGCACGCGUGCUCUUAUCGGAAGUACAGGAUUCCUCCGUCGGAUCACCUGAUCCAGCAUGUGAUCGACUUUGCGAGAAAACAGGAAGAUGGUCCGUUAGAGCUCGCAGUGGACGUGGGCUGUGGGUCAGGUCAAGGUACCGUGCAGCUGGCCAAACACUUUGUUUCUGUGGUGGGAACGGACAUUAGCCCUGCCCAGAUACAGGAGGCUUUGGAGCAUGCUAAAGAGCCAAACAUUACAUAUAGGCAGUGUGUGGCCGAGGAGCUGCCGUUUGCCGACGGCUCAGUGGACCUGAUAACUGCCAUGUCUGCCUUCCACUGGUUUGACAGGCCACGCUUCCUUCAGGAGGCCCAACGGGUCCUGAAGCCUCACGGCUGCUUGGCUCUGCUCAACUACACCGUCGAGAUGGAUCUCAGCUACCCCGAUUGCUGCUUGCAGUCACUGAACCAAGUCUGCAAAGAGUUUUAUGCAGCAUUACAUCCUUACCGCAGUCCUCACCUUGGUGCCAGUUCUAUCGAGCUGUACCGGGAAGCCUACUCAUCCAUCCCUUAUGCUAACAAGGAGUGGCAUGAAAGUGUGUGCGUGAGAAGAGCCAUGCCACUGUGCAGCUACAUGGGCUUGGUAGAGUCCUUCUCCAGCUACCAGGCUAUGCUCAGAGAUGAUCCCCAGAAGGCAACCGGGCUCUCACAGGACAUUUGUCAAAGGCUGAUGUCCAUCAUGAAGGUGACGUCUGUAGAGACUCAGGUGAUGGUGGGCGUCAAGUAUUUCUACCUACUAGCUAUGAAGGACUUGUAGUCAAGUGAGCAGUAUUCAAAUAUCAAAAGUACCUGUAUGUGUCUAGGAGUUUUGUCAAUCAAUGUCAAUCAAUGUUUACUUAUAUAGCCCUAAAUCACUAGUGUCUCAAAGGGCUGCACAAACCACUAGGACAUCCUCGGUAGGCCCACAUAAGGGCAAGGAAAAAUUUCACACCCAGUGGGACGUCGGUGACAAUGAUGACUAUGAGAACCUUGGAGAGGAUGAAAGCAAUGGAUGUCGAGCGGGUCUAACAUGAUACUGUGAAAGUUCAAUCCAUAAUGGAUCCAACACAGUCGCAAGAGUCCAGUCCAAAGCGGAUCCAACACAGCAGCGAGAGUCCCGUUCACAGCGGAGCCAGCAGGAAAACAUCCCAAGCGGAGGCGGAUCAGCAGCGCAGAGAUGUCCCCAGCCGAUACACAGGCGAGCAGGAUCGGACCGGACCCCCUCCACAAGGGAGAGUGGGACAUAGGAGAAAAAGAAAAGAAACGGCAGAUCAACUGGUCUUAAAAGGGAGUCUAUUUAAAGGCUAGAGUAUACAAAUGAGUUUUAAGGUGAGACUUAAAUGCUUCUACUGAGGUGGCAUCUCGAACUUUUACCGGGAGGGCAUUCCAGAGUACUGGAAUGUCAAAACAUUUAAUUUCCUCUUAGAAAUAAAGGUGUCAGUAAGGAACUUUUUGUUUUCUUC